GUCUUUAGUCAUUGUAGUAAAUUUAGAAAGUACGUACUACUUGAUAUUUCUUUUAAAUUUUUUUUCUGUUAUAUCUUAACGUCUUUGGUGUUGUGAUUUACUUUCAUAACAUCUGCGUAGUAUUUUUGUAAACAGAAAAAAAAUAUGUGCUUUGCAAAUCGUAAUAAAUAUUUUACGUAUACUAUUUAAUGCUACGUAUUUGUUGACAGAAUCUUUUGAAAUGCUUCAUAUUCAAACUUACGGCAGUAGUGAGGAUGAUGGAGAUUCGGAUUCAGAUCAAAAUAGUAAUUUAACCUCACAUUUGAUACCUUUGGAUAGUGGAAAAUCUAUUUCAUCGUUACAGUUGAGUAUGCGAGUGUGUGCUGCACCAGAUGUUGUGCCUUCCGGCGCGGUGGACGCCCUGCGGGUGGUGGACCCCGUGACCACGGAGCUGAAGCACAACCCGCGCUACGAGGAGCUGUUCGCCCCGCGAGUGGGGCCCGAGAACCCCUUCCACACGCAGCAGCAGAAGGCCAGCAAGAACAUGCUGUCGGGGUUCGUGGAGAAGGCCCACGUCAGCGACUUCCAGUUCGAGAACCAGCGCCGCACCUUCAACAGCUACGGAUAUGCCUUGGACCCGACAGUCGACGUCACUCCGGAAACAUCGUCGACGCUAAUCGGAGCUACGGAAAGUGCCAAAGAGUUAAGUGGGAAGACAGUGUUUGAAUCAACAAAGCAGCGGCCCUUGGACAAGCGGAAACGCAACAGAAACGAUGAACCGGCAGAUGUGGAGGGCUUCCUUGGACCGUGGGGCGGCUACGUAGAUGAGAAGAGAGUGGUCAAGCCCAACGAAGAGCAGGCGGCGGAGCUGGAGGAGAUCCUGGCCAAGCGGCAGAAGCGCGGCAAGCAGACGGACGACAAGCCCCUGGAGGAGAAGACCGUGCUGCACAUCAAGGACGCGGUGGACUACCAGGGCCGCUCCUUCCUGCGGCCGCCGCAGGACGUGGGUGUGAACCUGAGGCCCGACUGCGCGCCGGAGCGCUGCUUCCUGCCCAAGGCGCUGGUGCACACCUGGCAGGGCCACACCAAGGGCAUCUCGGCGGUGCGCUGGUUCCCGCACAGCGCCCACCUCCUGCUCUCCUGCAGCAUGGACUGCCGAGUCAAGCUGUGGGAGGUGUAUAACGAGCGUCGCUGCGUCAGGACGUACUACGGCCAUCGUCAGGCCGUGAGGGACGUCAGCUUCAACAACCCUGGAACACAGUUCCUCUCUGCCGCGUACGACCGCUACAUCAAGCUGUGGGACACGGAGACGGGGGAGUGCGUGUCGCGCUUCACCAGCCGCAAGAUCCCGUACUGCGCCAAGUUCCACCCCGACGAGGACAAGCAGCACCUGUUCGUGGCCGGCACCUCCGACAAGAAGAUCAUUUGUUGGGACGUGCGCUCCGGGGAGAUAGUGCAGGAGUAUGACCGGCAUCUGGGCGCCGUCAACACCAUCACAUUUGUGGACGAGAACAGACGCUUCGUCACCACCUCGGACGACAAGUCUCUCCGUGUCUGGGAGUGGGACAUCCCUGUGGACAUGAAGUACAUAGCCGACCCCACAAUGCACUCCAUGCCUGCGGUGACGCUGUCGCCCAACCAGAAGUGGCUCGCCUGCCAGAGCAUGGACAACAAGAUAGUCAUCUUCUCUGCGCUGAAUCGCUUCAAGAUGAACCGCAAGAAGACGUUCAGCGGCCACAUGGUGGCGGGCUACGCCUGCAUGCUCGACUUCUCUCCUGACAUGAGCUACCUGAUCUCGGGCGAUGCGGACGGCAAGUGCUACGUGUGGGACUGGAAGACCACGAAGCUGUUCAAGAAGUGGAAAGCCCACGACAGCGUGUGCAUCGCGACCUUGUGGCACCCCCACGAGUCCAGCAAGGUGGUCACCGCCGGCUGGGACGGUCUGCUCAAGUACUGGGACUAGCCCCCAGCUCCGCCUGUUGUGAGCACUCUAGUGAUCCGUCAUGCAUCCCUGCCUCGCCGUCCAGGCCCCUGCGGAUAUUCAACUAUUGAAGUUUACUUUGGAGUUAAAACAAUGUUCAUUUUUGAGGUUCAGCCACUUGUGCUAUAUAAAAAUCCUACUUUAGACACAUACAUAUUCAAAAACAUGAACAAUUCCCAGCAUUUUAAACACACAAGUGUUUCUCACUACUGUUUUCCAAAACUGUAGUGGAAAAAAAUUGUGUGGAUGAUUUAAUAUAUACUACUAUAUAUAUUUCAAACUUGAAACCUAACUGUUAUGUUUUUUUAUUAGUUUUGUCUCAUGUAAUAAAAGUUGGAAAAAAUAAAUUAUAGUCUACCACCAUGGACUACUUAAAAAAAAAAACUCUGAAACGUCUUUAAGAUGAAUAUGUGGCGUUGCGAAAGAUAAAAUCCCCCACCUCUGUUUAGAAUAUGUUUUAUUGAUGGAUAGACAUUUUAUUGACUAGUGUUGAUUUGAGGAUUGAUAUAUGAUAAGAGUUUACUGAAUGCAGAUGUGAUUAAAGCCACCAUAGAUGAAUUUACCAACCCUAGGGUUUUAUUGAUAUCUGGAUGUAUUUAAAAUGAUUAAUGUAUUUUGAUAAAAGCCCUUUUUAAGAAGUAGAUGAACAUAAUUUUCUAUUAUUUUUAUUAGUUGUAUUUUAUUUCAUAGUUAGUGUUUUCACAUAACUUUGUUGCAUUAAUAUCCAUUGUUCUUUGCCUUAAAACAGGGUGAUGCAUAUUUUGGUCAGUGAUAUUAUGUUAGAGUGAGACAGAGAGGCAGGUAUGUUUGUUUGGGUGGGAACAGAACUUGUGAAGGAUGCCAUGGACAAAGAAUCAUGGGAGGUUUUCUUUCAUAUUGUAAAGGGUUUUUGUUAGCUGGAAUUUUUAAGAUGCUUUGUGAUUGGCCCACGACUUUGCUUCCCCCCAACGGUAAGGAAGCAUGUCGCCAUUGUGCAUCAGUUCACUCGUCAUGGUACCAAAAUGUUGUGAUGGGCGGAAGUACAUAAUAUAAUCUGAAAGUAGUGCGAAGAAGUAAAUUUCAUAGCUGUGGUCUAGACUUCGCAGACCUUUACUACGGUUGUCACCAAAAACCCACACAAGGAAAAUGUGAUUCGUGGUCAUUUCAAGGACGGAGUCCUUUCGUUGUAAAUAAUGUAAAGUGAAAGGUUGAUUAGGUUAAGUCAGCUAUGGAAAAUGUUUAUUAAAAUAUUUGAAUAAUAAAAUUUAAAAAAAA